UACCCAUAACUCAUAAGCAGGGAUGUUUUGCAACCUCAUUUGCAUGUUGGCGAUUUUCGAUAACCCGUGUGUAACACUCACCUCAUAUAUCCAACAUUACUCUACCUAAAAUACAAUAUAUUGAUCUUCAAUUAUAAUACUAUACGAACCUAAUAAAUUGUUAAAUGAAUAAAGAUAGAACAACUCUUAAUAAGAAUUCAAAGUAUCCAAUCAUAAAAUAUCAAUUAAUCCAUAAGAUAAAGUAUAAUACUAUUCAAAUCAUUCAUCUUCGACUCUCACACAUCUACUAAGCAAAAAUUAACUAACAUAAUGUUGUUAACAAGGGGAAACAAGCAAAGAUUGUAAAAUCGUACUGGAAAAGUCAGCGAUAAGGUAUUUUAUGCUGAAAACGUGGUUUAACCGUUUCAUACCGCUUACUGGUUUAACCUCCGAUAUAAGAUUUUUCUGGUCGAACCGCCCGUACGGUACAAUUUUUUAAUCCAUUGAAAUAUGUGAAAGAGUGAAAGGCGGAUUGAUAGAAAGAAAUUUGAGUUUGGUUUGGGUGGCCACUAACAUUAAUCACCCGCUCAGACGCUUUGGGUUUUUUGUGGGUGGUUCGGUUUUAAAAUACAUUUCAGUCAACCAUUUUCUCGCCUCGUCUCUUACCCCCUAAGAUUCGUCUUUAAUAACUCUUUAACAACCUUUCAUUCUUGUGCUCUUUUAAUUUACUUUCUUUCCUUUUCUCCUCGCUCUUACAUAUCUCCCAGACCAUAUAAAACGCGACUCUGUGUUGUACUACUGUUAUGAAUGUAUCUUCCUGUUUCUCCCUUUCCUCCUCCUCCUCCUCCUCCUUCUUCUUCUUCUUCUUGCGCAUGGAUCUUGAUACACAACUUAUGAACCAUGAGUUUUCGUUCACGAGUCUUAUCCUCGACGACAAUUAUCCAAUACAACAAAGACUGCGACCAGAAAGCGUCGUAGGAAGGCUUCACAAAACAUCGUCUUUUUCUUCUUCCUCUUCCUUGUCUUCUACAUCACAGUCUCUUAAUGACUUACUGGUUCAAAAUUUCCCCCAGGUUGAUGAUCACAAUCAUCAAACCCCAAUCAAUGGUGUUCUGGGCUAUAGCAAUAAUCCUAAUAGUUUUUCUACAGAAGGGUUCUCUUUUUCAUCAACCACAUCGCAAAACAAACUAAAUUCAUAUGUUCCCGUCUUCCCAACGCAAUUCCCCUCAUCAGAUAUCAAUCCUGUCCGAGAUCUAGCAAGCAGGUUCUCAACGUCGACCAAUAACUACCAAUUUCAUGAACACCAUCAUGGAAAAUUCAUUCAAACUCAUAACAACGAAUUCAAUCAAAACGAUGGUCCCUCGCAACAAAAUAAUCUGCCCUUUCCGAAUCCGUCACUGAAAAGGAUUGACAAGGAUGAGGUGGGAAAGGAGGGACCAUCGCUCUCAGCAAAAUCUCCAAAGAUAUCUGUAGUCAAAGGCCAAUGGACUGCUGAAGAGGACAAGUUUGUUCUCUAAUUUUCUUUUAUAAUGGUUGUUUUGAUAUCAAUCUCAUUCGCAGUGACAAUUUCUCUAUGAAUUUUUUUUUUUGGCAGCAUGCUGGUUCAAUUGGUGGGCAAGCAUGGACUCAAGAGGUGGUCUCUAAUUGCUAGUAUUAUUGGUGGGAGAAUAGGAAAACAGUGUAGAGAAAGGUGGCACAACCAGCUAAAGCCUUGUAUCAAGGUAAAUUUACAUCAAUUCCUCCCUUUUAUAUGAUCUAACAAUCAUCUCAUUCAAUCUAUGGACAUAUCAACAUUUGUUUGAAAUUGACUGCUCUUUACCUUCAUUUUCAAACUGUAUUUUCUUAAAAAAUGGUAUUUACUUUACAGUUCAGUGUCCGAUUAUGCAUGAAAAGAUAAAUAAAUGGCUUCUUUAGCCAUAUCAAUAACCAUUCGAUUUUUUAGAAUGAAAAUCACGUGUAAUUUUAGAUGAUAUUUGACACUUGUCAUGCAUUCAUUCGAGGGUCAUACGUGGAGCUUGCGCAUCUAUUUGUUAUUACAAUUUUCUUUUUCUUUUUUUUGGUCUUGGUGCAUAAAUGAGUAAUGAGCUUACCAUGUGAGCGAAAUUGUCUUUUUUCAUAGAGUGACAGCUAGGCGUUAGUAAAACAGUUGCACGAUAAAUUGUUAAAAUGUGUCAUGAUUCGGUCAUGUUUACCGUUAUCAAAAUACGGUAGGUUUAAGUUACUCCAUGAGAUAUCCAUAAUUUGUAAUAUCGUAUUGUAUAAAACAGGUGAUCGGACCCUAAAAAAUUGUGUAUCACUAGUCAAAGCGGUACAAAACAUGAUACACACAUAAAAAUAGUCUUUAUAGGUGCUACGACAUCGUCAAACAACCCUAUUCAUCACAGUUUACUAGCCGGUUUUAGUCUGUAUUAUAGCGUUGUAUCACCAGUAGAAUGUAUCAACUAAUUUGAAUUUUGAAUUUAAUCAUCAAUCAGUUUCUAUAUAUAUAAAGAAAAAUCAUCAAUCAAUUUAGGCUUUGCUUAGUAGGAUUUUCACCAUAUGGGCCUGUGAUAAAUUGUGGUGUGGGUUGUGGGCUGCAGAAAGAUGCAUGGAGCGAGGAAGAGGAUGUGAUAUUAAUCCAGGCCCAUAAGAAGAUGGGAAACAAAUGGGCCAAAAUUGCAGAGCUACUCCCGGGCCGGACCGAAAACAACAUAAAGAACCACUGGAACGCCGCAAAGAGGCGCCAACCCAUUUCCACCCGCCGGAACUACCGAUCCGCUGAGCCCUCCGCCUCUGCCGCUGUCCUCAAGGAAUACAUCCACGCCGUCACUUCCCCAUCCUCGCCGUCAUUGACGGAAACAAUUCAAAUUCCCGCGCCGUCCAAUUGGGUGACGAAUAGCAACUUCGUCAUCGGCUCGUCGUCUGAGGCAGCAACCGGUCCGCCUGCCACCGGCGCCAUGUAUGAUCUGCACGAGGCGUCGGAGCAGCCGUUCCAUUUCGACGCCGACAGCGAUUGGGGAUUCGAAGGCGGAGGAUUCGAGUCUGCUGUGGAGAUUCCCGAAUUUUCAUUUUCUGAUUUCAGUAAUACGAAUUUGUUUGGGAAAUCGAUUGAUAGUUACAACGGCGAGGUGGACGGUCCGGCGAUGGGGAUGGUCGGCAACGGUGGGGAAGAUUAAGUUUUGAUAAUUACAUCAAUUAAUGCAUAAUUUGUUUGGCUGUUAUGAGUGUUAUCAUAGAAACUUAUUAAUGCAUUACUCUUUUUUUUUUUAGGAGACUUAUUAAUGCAUUACUCAUUUGGGAAAAGGGGAUAUCUUUUUCCAUUAAUGACAUUAAAGAUGUUUUUUUUUUCUCGAAACUAAGGAAUGCUAUGAGUUUAAUUAAGACUGUUUUCUUUUUAUAAUAGCUUAUUUUCUUUUUACACUUUCUCUUAUUAAAAUACUAAAAUAGUA